AUGCUGCCCACUCUUCGCAAGAUGGAAGUGGACAGCGUGGGGCACAAGCUAAGUGAGGAGCACAGCCGGAGCAGUACACCCUGUGAGUGCACAUUCUUGUCAGAACUGUUAUCUCCUGGACGGCCAUCUUGUAAUUACGAUCUUCUAUCUCAGCAGGUCACAGACACCGGCAGGGAGGUUUCCCGGCAAUACAGAUCACGGUCUAUGGGGCACAUUGAGAUUCCUGGGGUGACACCAGGGGACGGACUGAGCCUGACCCAGGCUGCCAUAGAUUGGUCCCGAUGUGUUUCGUCGUGUGGUGAAUUCCAACUGAGGGACCUAAAGAGACAUGGUGAGUGA